AAACCUGUUAUUUCAGCCAUCAUAAAUUAGUUUGGGUCUUAUAACUACUUAACAAACCCCACAUACAUAGUGCCAAACCUUACGGAGGAGAGUGUAUCCCUUAAAUGCUGCAGUUGGUGCAGUGCAACCCUCAUUACUCCAUCAUCAACAUUUAGCCACACAACCAAGUCAGAGAAAUAUAUGCUCUUCAUUUUUCAUAACAUUUUUUUUUUUUUGUGAGAGACAUCAUCAUAGAAAACAAAAACAAUUACCAAAACGGAGAUGAACUAUUGUGAGACAAAUUGUGUUGUCAAGAGGAACAAAGGUAAAGAAACUGAUGAAACCUUGUCUUUUACACAGUCCAAGGAUAAUAUAAAGAUGUCGCAUGAUCGGAACAAAGGAAAACAACAACGUUACUCUCUUGUCUCGUUUAUGGAACUACCGAAUUAUAUGAAGGAUAAUGAAUAUAUUUUACGUUAUUAUAGAGCCAAUUGGCCUUUGAAAGAAGCUUUCUUCAGUCUCUUUCGUUGGCAUAAUGAAACUUUGAAUGUUUGGACACAUUUAGUUGGAUUUAUUCUGUUCCUUGGGUUGACCUUGGCCAAUUUGAUGAAGCCUCAUGUGGUGGAUCUCUUACAACAAUUUACAAGGUCUAUCUCUUCAGGUGGUGAAAAAAAUGUUUCUGAUAGCAUCAAAGUCUUGGGAACGGCGUUACUCUUUGAUUUAAACCAUCAAUUACCAUUGACAAUGGAAGUUGAAUCCUUGGAAUUUGUUAUAGCAAGGUGGCCAUUCUUUGUCUUCUUAGGUGGUUCAAUGUUCUGUCUCCUCUCUAGCAGCAUUUGUCACCUAUUUUCAUGUCACUCCCAUGACUUAAACCUGUUUCUGUUAAGAAUAGAUUAUGUCGGAAUCGCUGUCAUGAUCAUAACCUCAUUCUUCCCUCAAAUUUACUAUGUUUUCCUAUGUCAACCUCAUUGGCAACUCAUCUACCUAGCCGGUAUUACAGCCAUGGGACUAUUCACCAUAGUAACAUUGCUUUCCCCAUCACUUUCUACCGGUAAACACCGCGCUUUUCGAGCUAUGCUGUUCUGUUCAAUGGGACUUUUCGGCAUUGUACCUGCAGUUCAUGCUUGUGUUGCGAAUUGGGGAAAUCCUCGGCGCAAUGUUACACUAGCAUAUGAAUGUGUCAUGGCAUUGUCUUACUUGAUAGGGACUUUGUUCUAUGUGACGCGGAUACCGGAAAGAUGGAGGCCUGGUUGGUUUGAUUUAGCAGGACAUAGUCAUCAAAUAUUUCAUAUUUUGGUUGUGGUUGGUGCAUUAUCACAUUAUGCAGCUACUCUUAAAAUGCUUGAAUGGCGUGACACUUUUGGGUGUGACAAGGCUUAAAUUAAGGAUCUAUGUUUCACAACAUAUAUAUAUGUAUGUAUGUAUGUAUGUAUGUGCACAGCAUGAGAUGGAUUCUCUGCAUUGUUGGAUUUCAAGCAACUAUGAGAUAAUUACAACUCAAUUCAGAGGCUUAUGCCAUUCAUCAAAAUGUUAAAUAGUAUUUGUUGUCUUCUUCAUUCUAUCAACUGAGUCUAAACUCUCAUGUAUUUUUCUUUCUCCCCCUCCCAUUUGAAUUUGUUAUUCAAUAUAUUAUUGUACCUAGAAUUUAUUAUUCAAAAAGUAUGUUAUUGUGUUACUCUUAGAAACACUAGUUUAGGUAUGCAAGUGUUCUACUGAUUAUCUUCAAAUUAAUGGUAUGAGUUAGGAAUCAUCUCA